AUGAUGAGAUUUCCCGUUCUCUUGUCGCUGCUGCUGGCACUCUCUCACGCAGCGUUACCAGCGGUUCUUGCCCAGAAUCAGGUGUAUGAUUACGUGGGUCCCGCCGCACGCGGUAACGGCGGAGCUUACGGGGGGGCUGGGGGCUACGGGGGAGGCGGCGGGGGAAACAACGGCGGAGCGACCGGGGGGCCGGGCGGAAACCGCUGGGGUGGAGGGGCAGGGGGCGGGUUCCCGAACGGCGCAGGGGGCGGGGGAGGCGGAGGGGGAGCAGGCGGGGGAGGUUACGGCGGUGGCGGGGUGAAUAGCUGGAAGGCUGGCGGAAGAGGGGGACCGGGCAUGGCUGGGGGAGGUUGGGGAGGAAAUGCAGCUGGGGGAAAUGCUGCUGGCGCGGGUAACUGGGGUGGCGCAGGCGCAGGCGCAGGUGCAGGCGCAGGCGGAGCUGCGGCAGGCGGAGGCCCUGGAAUGACUGGCACUGGCGCAGACGGGACCAGGUGGGGGGGACAAGGGGGAGGGUAUGGGGGGGGAGGUGCUGGCGGAGCGGGGCAAUGGGGCGGAGGUCCUGCAGGGGGGAACAGGUGGGCAGGUGGCGGAGGCGGAGGCGGAGGCGCAGGCGGAGGGGGAAGUGGGGGCGGCGGAGCGUACAGUGGUGCGGGGGGCAUCUGGGCGCAGGGGAAUCCAAACCAGGGUGGGCCAAAUGGGGCGCCAUGGGGGGGUGCUGGCGCAGGAGCAGGGGGAGGCGCAGGUAUGGGCGGUGGCAUGGGCGGCAUGGGCGCAGGGGCUGGCGCAGGUGCAGGCACAGGGCCCGCCAAUGGCGCUGGCUUCCCCGCCAUGGGUACAGGGGCAGGCGGGGGAUGGGUGCAAGGUGCGGGGGGGAACGCGGGCGGGGGAAACCCAGCUGGGCCAUGGGGCGCUGGGGGCUUUGGUCCUGGGGGAGCAGCAGGCGGAGGCAUGGGGGGAGCAGGAGGCGGAGGCAUGGGCGGAGCAGGCGGCGGAGGCAUGGGCGGGCCUGGGGGCGGAGGCAUGGGCGGAGCGGGCAUGCAAGAAGGAGUCAUGGCGAAUGGGGGCCCAACGGGCUUGGCAGGGCAGCAAGCGUAUGUGCAAGCGCAGCUGGAGCUGCUGCGGGAGCAGGGGCACGGACCCUUGCCAGGGAUGGGCGCGGAUUUCAGAACCUUUCCGCCCAUCACUGCGGAGGCCUGCUUGCCUUUAGUGAAUGAGUUUGUAGAGAGGAUGAUGGCGGAUCUACCCAAGGGGCUGGAUAUUCAUGAUCGGAAGCAGGAGCCGAUCAAGGACCUGCUGUUCUUCCUGCAUGUGCCUCGCACGGGCGGACGCACAUACCACCAAUGCUUCCUCAAGCCUCUGUUCCCCGUGUCGCUGCGCUGCCCUCGCUCCUACGACGAGCUCCGCUUCGACCCAUCAAAACCCCAGUGCCGUCUCCUCUCCACGCACGACGACUACUCCCUAAUGACGAAGCUCCCCCCCGCCAACACAUCAUUCGUCUCGUCCAUGCGCGACCCCGUGGACCGCGUCCUCAGCGCCUACGAGUUCACCGUCGAGAGGGGGGGGAGGGGGGGAGAGAGAAAGGGACCCUGCUUGCCGGCUCCUCUCAACCCACGAUGGCUACUCGCUGAUGACGAAGCUCCCCCCCGCCAACACAUCAGUGGUGCUGUCUAUGCGCAACCUCGUGGACCGCGUCCUCAGCGCCUACGAUGCCGUCUCCUCUCCACGCACGAGGACUACUCCCUAAUGACGAAGCUGCCCCCCGCCAACACGUCGGUCGUCUCCUCCAUGCGCGACCCCGUGGACCGCGUCCUCAGCGCCUACGAGUUCACCGUCGAGAGGAGAAGGGGGGACCUUACUGACUGCUGGCUGCUCCCUUCCAUCCAACGCGCCCCAGAGCCCACCCAGCCCCAUGCCCACGAACUCAUGCCUCUUCCUUCCUGCCAAACCCCCUCCCUCCCUCCCCUCCUUCCCCCUCCCAGCAAGCCGCAGUGCCGUCUCCUCUCCACGCACGACGACUACUCCCUAAUGACGAAGCUGCCCCCCGCCAACACAUCGGUGGUCUCGUCCAUGCGCGACCCCGUGGACCGCGUCCUCAGCGCCUACGAGUUCACCGUCGAGAGGAGAAGGGGGGACCUUACUGACUGCUGGCUGCUCCCUUCCAUCCAACGCGCCCCAGAGCCCACCCAGCCCCAUGCCCACGAACUCAUGCCUCUUCCUUCCUGCCAAACCCCCUCCCUCCCUCCCCUCCUUCCCCCUCCCAGCAAGCCGCAGUGCCGUCUCCUCUCCACGCACGACGACUACUCCCUAAUGACGAAGCUGCCCCCCGCCAACACAUCGGUGGUCUCGUCCAUGCGCGACCCCGUGGACCGCGUCCUCAGCGCCUACGAGUUCACCGUCGAGCCCCAAUGCCGGCUCCUCUCAACCCACGACGACUACUCCCUAAUGACCAAGCUCCCCCCCGCCAACACAUCGGUGGUCUCGUCCAUGCGCGACCCCGUGGACCGCGUCCUCAGCGCCUACGAGUUCACCGUCGAGGUCGCCUCGCGCUCGCUGCACUGGGUGCCCAGCCUUAACCCCGGGGAGAGCUUGCUGGAGGCCAGACGGAACGCCCGCAAGCGGUUCUCGAAGGCCUCGCACGCGGAGACGAGGCGUGUGUGGCCGUGGAGCAUGCUCAUUCCUAUUAUGGAGGAUGAUCUCUGGCUCAGACGCAACACCACGGAGAUCCCACUGCCGCCCGAGGGGUCGGAGUCGCUGAACGGGUAUGACAAGGGGUACCUGGUGAUGCCGCUCAUUGACUAUGUCAACAGCCCUGCCGCCAUGGACCUCAUUCACAACGGUGCCACCUUCCAUGUGAGUGAGCCUCACAUGCACUCACUCACCACUGAGACGAUUGUUGAAGCGCCACACUCAAAAAGGGGCUUAUGGACCAUGUCAACAGCCCUGCCCUGCCCCGCCGCCAUGGAUCUCAUUCACAACGGCGCCACCUUCCAUGUGGCAGGCAUAACACAGAACUCCCGGUACCCCAACGCACGCAUGCUGAGGCGCUGUGCGUCCACGUUCAAGGACUCUGCAGACAAGAUACUCACACUCGCCAAGGCGCAUCUGGCGAACAUGCUGCAUGUGGGGCUGACAGAGGUGCAUGAGGAGUCUGCCGUGCUGUUUGCCGCCACCAUUGGCCGAUCCCUGCACUCCGCACCGCACCUCAACAACGAUAAUCCGAACCCGAAUCAAGAGAACGCCCAGACUGAGGCGAGUGUGACGCUACUGGACCACUACAAGCGGUGUGUCGACAAGCAGAGGGAGAAGUACAACACGCGCCGCACACAGGCCAUGCAGACCCUGGGGCCCCUCAACUUCUCACACCAGGAGCGCAAGGGCAUCCGCAAGGAGGUGGUGCAGCGCAUUCGUGAGCUCAACAUGUUGGAUAGCGAGCUGCUGGACUUUGCCCGCCAGGUCUUCAAGCAGCAGCAGUUGGCAUAUGCCGACAUGAUCAAAGCGGUGAUGGAAGAAUGGCCCAUGGACAACAACACAGACAACAGCCACAUCGGCCGCAGGAGACGACUCUCCUCCCCCUAUGCCUCCCCUCGCAGCACCACCGGUAGCAGCAGCAGCAGAAUGUUUACGAGAGGAGGACCAGUCGCCCCUGCUGCUGGUGGUGAUGCUGCGGCUUCUGGUGCUGCUGCUGACUCUGUCUCUCUAGCUGGGGAUGCUAGCAGCAUGCUGCAACAAGUGGGUGAUAGUGAUGCAGCAGUGGCAGCUGAGGGUGAGGAUGGUGGUGAUGAUGAUGGGUAUGGAGACGAUAAUGACUGUAUGUCCUACGCGUUUGAAGCAGUGGCCGGGCAAUCAAGCGGCUCGCUGUAA